UUGAACCGCGCGCUCCUGCUUCCGUUCAGGGAGGUGAAGGCAACAGCGGUUCAACUUCCAGUUUUUAGCCGAGCGCACUGCGUCUCGUGGUUAUGUGCCACCCUUGCCAUGUUCAUUUGUUUCUAUAGAUAGCUUGGGGCUCAACAUUGUUUGCAAAAUGGCUGGUCGUGAAAGAAACAAGAAGAUUUUACUAGAAAUGGUGAAGCAGCCGGAUAACAGCGUGUGCGCGGACUGCGGUGCGCCCGAUCCAGACUGGGCAUCCUAUAAACUGGGUGUGUUUUUGUGUCUCAACUGCUCUGGGAUCCAUCGCAAUCUGUCAAGCAAAGUCAAGUCUAUUAAACUGGACUUUUGGGAGGAUAGUCUUGUGGAGUUUAUGAGAUCUCAUGGUAACGCAAAGGCAUGUGAGGUGUAUGAAAAGGCAGUUCCAUGCUAUUACUAUCGCCCUCAGCAAUAUGAUUGCACUGUUCUUAGAGAGCAGUGGAUUCGUGCAAAAUAUGAACGACUGGAGUUCACUGGAGAAACCAAAUACCCACCACCUCCCUACACCACAGGUUUUUAUGAAGGGCUGCUGUGGAAGAAGGAAAAGGAGGGUUCACAGUUUAACCAGAGGAAAUUUGUGUUGUCUGAAAACGAAUUUACUUUGACAUACUACAGCAAAGACAAUGAGCUCAAAGGACCCAAGGCCGUAAUCCCCAUAAAAGACCUUAAUGUUAUGUUCCAGCCUAAAAAGAUUGGACAUUCACAUGGGUUGCAACUCACAUACCAGAAUGAAAACCACACAAGAAAUCUGUUUGUGUACCAUGAGAAGUCAGAGGACAUUGGAACAUGGUUCAACUGCAUUCGUGCUGCCCGCUAUGCAUAUCUGAAGACAGCAUACCCUACUGGAAGUGAUGAAGAGCUAAUACCAAUGAUCACCAGGAACUACCUCAAAGAAGGAUUUAUGGAAAAAACAGGACCGCUGCAAAAAGAGACAUUUAAAAAAAGAUGGUUUGUUUUGGACUCUCAUUAUAGAAAGUUAUUCUAUUAUAAAAGCCCACUGGACGCUGUGGAGCUGGGGGCCAUUUUCAUUGGCCCAGAGUCAAAUAACUACUCUGUGAAAGAAUAUGUGCCGAAGUUUUCCAUCGGAAACAAGUGGAAGUUUGGUGUGAUGGUGGACACGCCAGUGCGGCAGUAUGUGUUUAUGUGCGAGGAGGAGAAGGAGCAGAAGGAGUGGCUGUCUGCUCUGCAACAGGUGCUUCUUCGGCGCAUGGCACCUCAGGACUACGCAACUGAAGCUAACCUCAACCGCAAAAAGUGAACCAAGUCACUACGUCUGUCUUUAAAUGGCAGAUUAUUUCCCCUCUUGACUGGAUUGUGCAAGAGCAAUACAAAUAUUUAUUUUAUGAUAUUUUUGGUCAACUACUCAGGAAUGUCAGAAUUUGCCGUAUUGGUUCAUCAUGUAUAUGCCUAGAGGCUACAUGGCGCCACCUCAUGAAGUGUUUUCUUGCUAUAAAAACACCUGUAACUCAAUAAAUGCAACAUGGGUAAAUCUAAUACAUUCCAGACAAACCAGAAAAGUUUCACAGUGCACCUUUAACACGGGGCUGUUUUAGUUUGAAUGUGUACCAACAUAAACAGUUAUGAUGAGCACGAGCAAAGACUGAAAAUCCUUUCCAUGUGAAAAUCUAAUAAAACGUAAGACCAUCAGCCUGCCCAGUUCCAUUGUUAGUCGACAGGGGGUAGCAAAUAAAAGCGUUUCAAAAUCCUA